GAAGCCACUGAGAAGGGCAAACCCUACCUGGCUCAACCCCCAACAUCCGGACCUUGCUCCACAAAUGACCAUAUAUCAGCAAGCAGAUCUCCACUUCGGACUCCCCCUUCCUUGGAACAAGAGCCUUCCCUAAGCACAGGACAUGACCAAAGAGGAGAUCAGCCAAGCUCCCGUGACAUCCACUGUGAUUACUAUCCAAACUGAGCCCGUCAUGCCGGAUUACAUCGUCUGGUCCACGUUCAGCACCAUCUUCAUGAACUUCUGCUGCCUGGGCUUCAUUGCCUAUGUCUAUUCCGUGAAGUCUAGGGACAGGAAGAUGGUGGGCGACAAGACUGGGGCGCAGGCCCAUGCCUCCACCGCCAAGUGCCUGAACAUCAGCGCCCUGGUCUUCAGCGUCCUUACAGCUGUUAUCUUCAUCAUUAUCACCAUCACCACCACCCUGGCAACCAUUCGAGCCGUUUCUUCACAGAAGACAGCAGAUCAUGGUUUCUAGACCUGCCAUGUUCUCCAGAGACCUCAGUUUCCCCUCACCUGGCUGCUGGAGCCCUGACCCUUCAUCCCACGUCUAUGCAGAUGU